AUGACCACAUUAGACGGCCGCACCUUUAGGGCAGCGGUCAAUGCGAGCAACGGCGAAGUCGGUGACGCAACUAAAUUUUACUAUCAUCAACAAGGAAACAUUGUCUGGGCCGAGUAUGCCGGUGGUUCUAUUGUGAAGGGCUCUCUGAUUGCCACCGUGCAGGAGGACCAGAGCCUAGAUAUGCGCUACCACCAUGUCAAUACGAAUGGCGUUCUCAUGACGGGGAAAUGCCGCUCUACACCCGAGGUUCUUGCCGACGGGCGAAUGCGCAUGCUUGAAGUGUGGCAGUGGACAUCUGGGGAUCUGUCAACUGGAGAUCCUCCCGAGCCGUGGCGGGCGAUCAUCCGGCCGUGGCAGGGACGUGAAUCAAUUUGCGGGGUUCGUGAAGGCUCCUACUAA